AGCAGCGCCUCCGACCAGAGCCCAUUUGGCAUCGAUUGGCUUCCAUUUGGUGCUGUCGUCAUUUCAUGGAAUAUUUUUUACACUCGUUUUGUUUUUAUAUGUGAUAUACAUAUAUUUAUACAUAUAUAGUGAUACAUAUUCAUAUGUAUCAAUGUGUAUGCAUGUGAAUAAAGUGAAUUGUGAAGUGUUUUUUGUGCAUUGGAUUAUAUAAAAAUCAAAAUGUUAACUAUAAACAUAUAAAUUUGACAUAAUAAAAAAUAUAUAAAAAAUAAAUUAAUAAUGUAAAUGUAGUAAUGCUCAUUUGAGUUUAGCUAUAUAAAUAUGUUUCUACUAAAGUUCCUGGCUUUGGCCGCCCUCGUCUUGGGCAGCGCGGCAAAUAAUGGCGAUGUCUUGGUCAUUAAAAUUGGCGCAAUUUUCUUUGAUUCCGAAAUGGCUUUGGCUGAGGCCUUCGAUGCGGUUGUGGAGGAAGUAAAUGCUUUGAUGCCCGAACUGCAAUUGGAAACAAUCAAGCACUAUGUGACUAUCGAUGAUAGCAUCGUGCUGCAGGAUUUAUCCUGCGAUAUGAUUGGCAAUGGUGUUGCUGCUAUUUUGGGACCAAGUUCAAAGACAACCAGCGAUAUCGUUGAGGUUCUGUGCAACAUGACGGGCAUUCCGCAUCUGCAAUUCGACUGGCAUCCGCAGCAAUCAGCGCGGGAGCGUCUCAAUCAUCAGCUGACCAUCAAUGUGGCGCCCUCAGAGCUGAUUAUAUCGACAGCUCUAUCGGAUAUAUUGCGCAGCAAGGAAUUCGAUUGGAAAUCAUUCACGAUUGCCUAUGAGCGAGACACGCAUCUCGCACGAUUGCAGCACAUUUUCGCCUGGAAGCAGCUGCAUAAAACCGGCAUUAAGCUGCAGGAGUUUCAGCGUGGCGAUGAUUAUCGCAUACUUUGGAAACGCAUCAGCAAUGCGCGUGAGAAAUUCGUGCUACUCGAUUGUCCUCCCGAUAUAUUGGUGGACGUGAUCAAUGCCUCGAUCGGUUUCAAUAUGACGGGCUCUCUUAAUAAUCUCUUUCUCACCGACUUGAAUACGCACACGAGUCGCAUCGAUCAGUUUUACUCACGUGAAUUCUCAGUUUCCGUCAAAGCUGUUCGAAUUCGUUCCUACGUUCCACCUCCUGUUCAUGAUGAAACUGAUGUUUUUGAUUAUGAAGUUGAUAAUCGGUUCUCCUCGUUGAGCUCUCAACUUGUCUAUGAUGCCGUCGUCCUCUUCUACAAUGCUGUACUGCAAUUGAGUCAGAAACCUGGUUUCUAUACGCCACAGUUCAGCUGUGGGCGUGGCUUUUGGCAGCCAGGACCGCUCUUAGUGCAGCAGAUGAAAGAGCUUACACCGAAGCAAGUAAAGCCGCCCUAUAAAACCCAGCGAUUGCAGUUGACGCCAGAUGGGCAACGCGAAGACUUUAACCUGGAGGUCUACAAUCCGAUCAUUGAUUGGGUGACGCACAUCUGGAACAAAGACUUUCAGCUGGUCGACUACGAGACGAUCCGGGAGAAUUCGACGCAAGCGAUGAAACAGCGACGCCUGGAGAACAAAGAGGAUUUCUCGCGUAAGCCCGUCGUAUAUACAGUGGCCACUCGAGUGGGCAAGCCCUAUUUCAGCUGGCGUAAGGAGCCGGAAGGCGUGCACUUCGAGGGCAAUGAACGUUUCGAGGGCUAUGCGGUCGACUUGAUCUACGAGCUGGCAAGGGAAUGCAAAUUUGAUUUCGUUUUCGAACCGGUGAGGGAUAACAAAUACGGCAGCUACGAUGCGGCCACCGAUGAAUGGGAUGGCAUAAUCAGGCAGCUAAUUGACAAUAAUGCACAGAUUGGCAUCUGUGAUUUGACCAUUACUCAGGCCCGUCGCACGGUGGUGGACUUUACGGUGCCAUUUAUGCAGCUGGGCAUUAGCAUUUUGUCUUAUAAGCAGCCUCCGGCCCAGGCCGAUAUUUAUGGCUUUCUCAAUCCCUACGGUGUGGACGUUUGGCUCUACGUGAUGGUUGCCAUGCUGGUAACGGCAAUGGCCCUGAUAUUGGCCGGUCGCAUGGAUCCCUGCGAAUGGGAGGCGCCUGUGGUAAAUGAGCGGCGUGAGCAGGAGCGUGAAAACAUCUGGCAUUUGCACAACACCAUGUGGCUGGUGCUGGGCUCCAUACUCAAUCAGGGCUGUGAUCUGUUGCCCAGAGGACUUCCCAUGCGUCUACUGACUGCCUUCUGGUGGAUUUUUGCGCUGCUCAUUUCGCAAACUUACAUUGCCAGUUUGGCUGCCUUUAUUACGUCCUCGAAGAUGACGGGAAAUAUAGCCUCGUUGCACGAUCUGAUCGAUCAGAAUAAAGUAAAGUUUGGGACGAUACGCGGCGGCGCCACAUCAGUUUAUUUCUCCGAAUCGAACGAUACCGAAAAUCGUAUGGCAUGGAAUAAGAUGUUGUCCUUGAAGCCGGAUGCCUUCACCAAGAACAACGAGGAGGGCGUGGAUCGUGUGAAGGUGAGCCGGGGCACUUACGCCUUCCUCAUGGAGACCACCAAUCUGCAGUACCACGUGCAACGGAAUUGUGAGCUCACACAGAUCGGUGAGAGUUUCGGAGAGAAGCACUACGGCAUUGCGGUGCCAUUGAAUGCCCACUUCCGAUCGAAUCUUAGUGUGGGCAUAUUGAAGCUGAGCGAGCGCGGUGUUCUCUAUAAUCUGAAGAGCAAGUGGUUCAAUAAUAACGAAACGACGUGUGAUUCUGGCGGAACGGUCAACGACGAUGGCCAGUUCGAUAUGGAUGCUGUGGGCGGUCUGUUCGUGGUGCUCAUCGUGGGCGUGCUCAUCUCCUUUGUUAUCGGCAUCGGGGAGUUCUUGUGGCACGUGCAUCGCAUUGCGUUUAAACAAAGGAUAAAGCCCAUGGUGGCCUUGAAGGGUGAACUGAACUUUCUCUUGCGUGUUUGGCUGAAUCGCAAGCCCUUGCGCACAUAUCGCGAGAGUCGCGACUCAACGUCGACGGGCUACUCAUCUCUGGGACCCUUGUCCAGCACGGCCAGCGUGAAAAAGAAGAAAAAAUCGAAAAAUAGAUCGGAGUAGAGAGCACUGAACGCUUGCAACAUUCAUACAAAUAGCAUUUGUAAUUGCUAAAAUAUAAUAAAAUAUUAUUAAGAACUGUGAAUUUUAAAUUUUUGAAUUGAACUGGGAGUCUUUAAAUUUAUAAAUAUGGAAACUAUGAAUUUUUAUAUGGUUAUACUAUUGUUGGGCCAAAUUCACUUAUCUUAUUGUUAACUUGAAUUUUAUACCUAUAUUUUUACAUUUGGGUUCACCCUAAUUGCUCUAUCUCUCUUGCGUGGUGAUUUCUUAUUACUUGCAUUAAUUCGCCUAGCUCUAAGCAAGCUGCGCUUGCUCAUACGUUUGUACUUUUAGUGUAUAUCAAGAACUCUACGAAUAAACGUUGCACCUACGAUGCGCUGAAUUUCA